CGCUCCUAGCGACUGGAGAGCAAAUAUGUUCCGCACCAAGAAGAAGAAAGUUGGCGGCCGCAAGCGGCGCGAAGUGGAGGCGGAGAACGAGAAUGAGGGUGCUGAUGUGUCUGCAGAUGCUAGCGCUUCGUUCACCACCGAAAUUCCGCCUUCUAUAGUCGCCGUAGAAGCUGCAAGCGGCCUCCAAGUGCUGGAGGAGUUACGUCGCAGUCGCUCUCGCCCCAACAAGAGCGCUAUGACCUUCAGUUCGAAGACGACAAGCGCUAGAUCGAGCGCAAGCAACACCCAAGCUGCUGUAGCUGGUUCUGUCCACUCAGAGGCUAGCGGAUUGCUGAGUUUUGACGACGGCGAGCGCCAAACGAAGCAGAAAAAGAGAAAGAUGCGGCCCAAUCUCGUGGUGUCCAGCACUGUGGACGUGGAAAUGGAGGAAACAACUGGCCAAUACUCAGCCGAGAUGCUAGCAUCACUACGAAGUGAGCAGAGUGUUCUACUGCCUAACAAAAGGGAAGAGACGCCUGUGGACAUAGAGAUGCUGGAUGUGGAAUCUGGAAACGAUGAGGAGGUAAAGGAAAUCAUCGUGGAAGAAGAAGAGGAGUUUAUUUCUCUUGAUGGAGACAACAAGACUAGACGCAGUAAGAGCCGCAUGACAUUUGGAGAGCAUUCCGAUGGUUUAGAUAUCUCAAAGACGACGGAAGUUGUGGAGGAAGUGGCGACCGAAGAAGAUGACGAACAGAACAGACGGUGGGAAGAGGAACUGAUGCGUCGUGGUGGACAUCGUGUGCCACCUACGUCAGAGUCGAAGGGAAGGCGUUCACGUGAUGGUCUGCCUACGUACCCGACGAGGAGGAAAGUGGCGUGUGUAUCGCUUGGUAGUGUGCUUGGGAAACUGGAGAAGAACUUGGAGUCCACUACGUUUGAAGACGAGCGUGCCUCGCGUGAAUUAGCGCGACUCGAAGCUGAGACUGCGUUGGUCGAGACAACAUUGAAGCAACAAGAAGAAGAGCUUCUUAUCAGCAGCGAAGAAUUUGAGUAUUUCCAGGAUAUCGAGGAUUUUGUCAAGGGAUUGAGCUUUUGUUUACGUGAGAAAGUACCAGUGAUUCAAGUAAAGGAGACGAAAAUAAUUGACGAGCGCGUGCAGCGAGUGAAGGCCACACAACAAAAAGAAAAACAGGUCUUUGCAGAAGAUGUUAAAAGGUUUCUUGACUCUGGAGUACUGCAGCAAAGUGACAUCUUUGGCUUGAGUCAUCUGGAUCUACUCUCUAGAGCAGACAUGGCAUCUUCUAACGACACACAUGUAGCACGUAUGCUCAAAUACCAGCAGCAUUUUACUGAGUCCUAUGUGGCUGAUACACAGCAAGUAGACGAAGAUCUGUUCGCGGAUGCGAUCGAUGAAAUCAACUCGCUUGAGCGUGUUUACGGACGUUUUCAAGAGUGGAAGGCGAAAUUUCCAGAGGUAUACAAGAACACGUACUGUGAGUUAGCACAAGAGAAGCUCUUCGCUCCUUACGUCCAGGCAGAACUGCUUUACUGGGAUCCGCUGGCUGUGGCAGAUUCUGAUACGAUGCUCAAGUUGCUUGAAGAUUUCGCUUGGUUUCGUGUUCUUCACCAACAUGUGCGCAAUAGUGGGGCUGUCAAUGGCCCAUUGCUCUAUCAAAUCCGCGACGUGCUGCUUGAGAAGGUUCGUAUAGCUGUAUCAAGCUACUUUGACCCGUAUUCGAGUCUUCAAACACGCAGUUUAUCUCUGGUGCUUGAGCAAAUCAAUCGACACGGUUACUAUACUCACGUCGAGGAAAAACUUCAGAUUUUGGUGGACACUACACUCGAUGCUUUCUCAAGCGAAGCCAAGCGCACAGUACUUGUCGCUAUCAACCAGCACACAGCCGAGUCUAGCAAGGAUGCCAAUGUUUUCGCUCGUUAUCUGCUGGAAAGAUUCAUUGCCCUGCAAGACAAUCUCCUCACUCUGUUCGUCGCUCUUCCCAAAGGACCAAUCGCUGCUGCUGGUUUCCGCUGCUUGCUACAGGUGCUGCAUCAACUCCUCGCGUACGUUCGAUACUGUCAAGAAACUCAUAAGAUGCAGCUAGUUGCUACAGCUACUCAAGUCGUGAGGCAGCUCUCAGGUUCCUCGUACCUGCUCCAGAUUUUAUCCGAGCCCAGUCAGGAGCGCGAGCUGAAGCAUAUGAUGGAGCUAUUCACGCCAUUUCUACAAUAGAAACUAACAUGAUAUUGGCUUCAAAAUCUCUCCUGCUACUCUAAUCGACAUCUAGCGGCGACGGCGCUCCUCGUACUCUGCCUGGAUCUCCUCGUUGGUCUUGCCAGCAGUCUCCGGCACCAGCUUGAGUGACAGCACGUAGAAGAUGGCGAGCAGCACCGUGAAGGGCAUGUAGCUCCAGUCGUCGAACUCGUCGGCCAG